CGACCACUUGUUUGACUGCUGCCGCAUGUUUUUUUCUCUAAAGAUUGACACACGACGACAAGUUUGGCUCCACUACAUUAGAAACCAGUUUAAGGAAUUUCAUUUGAGGAGGAAGAUUACACGUGGACAUUAUGCACUAAAUCAACCAGAAACCAUAGAGAUCUCUUCAAUCUACCCCCUUUGGAUUAUGUGUGGGUUGUUUUCCCAGAAUGGAUCCACCAACCAGAUUUGAAUAUAUUUAAACUUCAACCACUUCCUGCGGCUGUGAAUUACAACUGGAGACUUGUUUUUACCUCCUUGUGGAAUUUUGUAAACAAGUGUGUACUGGAGACUGAUGAGAGGUGACCAAACAACCAGUGCAAGGUCUGUACUCAUAAGAUAUUAAUUGGUGUUCAACAACAGCACACGCUGUCAAUGACAUCUAUUGAAACAUGUAAGCUUUCACAAUGAAGAAGCCAAAAACGGAUGCCAUCAUUGAAGACAUAUAGUUUGAAAAAACUACUCCCAACGAGUAAAUAAUCAGAGGAUAUAGGUGGCCUGAAACUGUAGCUGGGAUGCCCAGUAAAACGGGAGGUGGGACGCCAGUCCCAGCCGGUGCUGGACGGAAAUAUGUCAACGUUGUUCUUUUGAACGAGGAGGAAGUACCAUUGGUGGUAGAGCCCAAGACCAAGGUUCAAGAACUGUACGAUCAGGUCUGCCUCCUUGUCAGUGUGAAGGAAACUCAGUUCUUUUGGCUCACAGUUCAGAGAGAUGGGGAACAUGAGUUUAUGGAUCCAAAGAGUAAAAUAUCAAAGUACGCUCCCAAGGGAUGGAAAACUGAAUCGCUAAAGGUGACUGAUACUUCGGGUCGCUCAAUCUUCAAUGUUUACUUCCGAGUGCAAUUAUACGUAGAGCAUGUGUCUCUCAUCAAAGAGGAUCUGACAAGGCAUCACUAUUACUUACAACUGAAACAAAACGUGUUAUCCGCACCAGUAUUAUGUCGGGAGGAGGCUUGCUUCGUGCUCGCAUCCUACGCUCUUCAAGCAGACCUCGGGAACUAUGCCGAGGACACCCAUAGAGGGCAGUAUUUCGAUCCACGCAAGUACUUUCCAGAUUGGGUCAUCAAGCGACGAGGUGAAGCGUAUAUUGUGAAGCACGUUCCAUCUAUGCACCGCGACCAACGGGGCACGACGGGAGUCUAUGCGCAGCGAGCGUUCAUUCGAGAGGCAUCCAACACCAUCGAGCAUGUCAUGCACUUUUAUCGGCUGAAAAAGACGAAAACAGAGCAGACUCCAUCGAUAUGGCUUGGGAUUUCCACCAGAGGGAUUCAACUCUAUGAGGAUUCUGGUGAGGGCAAGUAUCUACUCUGUGAAUACUCCUGGGGCAUUAUCAAGAGGCUAGUCUUACAGAAAAAGAAGUUUGAACUCCAAGUGGAGGGUGUAGCAGACGGUAGGAAGAUUACGUACUACACAAGCAGUGAAGCAAAGUCGAAACAUCUUUUGAGGUUGUGCAAGCUGACACACACCUUCCAGAUGCAAACACAAGCACGAGUAGACAGGGCCAAGAAAAGGGAAAGUGCAACAGAGAAAAACAAGUAUCGUGAGUCGUACAUCAGCGGAGAUAUAUCCUGGUCAGACCUCGACAGUUCCGUCACCACCACGUCGUUUGGUGAAAUCUCAACCACCAAGCUAGAAUUGCAACGGCGCUCAGUCGUCAGCAACGUCAGCUCUGUCACAACAUCAGGUAUUGUGUCAGAUGAGAGAUCACCGUUAGAGAAAAGCUUAAGCGAAGUUGAAGAUGAGUACCUGUUCGGUACAGGGCACAACUGUAUUCCCCAGCAUCCUUAUGGAUUAUACGAGUCACACCAUUCCAGUAUGUCAUCAGGGUUGGGAGAAAAAGCCCAGGCUAUUAAAUUACAAGGUGGUCAGUCCAGCAACCGAGGUUCAGCUGCUGAGUCUAGUAACCGAGUUUCAGCCGCUGUAUCAGAAACAGCGAGCCAUCGCAGUCUUCCAGAAACAAAUCCAGUUUUCAACAGCGACUUACAAACAAUGGAAAUGCAUGUCACCUCCUCCUCAACGGGUCAUUCUAAUCGGCAGAGCAGAAACAGUGAACUUGGUUGGCUAUCGGACGAUGAAGCGAGACGGGAUCCCAGGACGUCGGGCAGCACGUCUUCAGGUUCCAGACCCACCUCGAGACAUCUGACUCUGAUCGACACUCAGUUGAUCCAAGCGGAGAUUGCGAAUAAGGAUUUACACACUCCCCUGCUGAGUGCUCUUUGUAACGAUCGCUCAUUGCUGUUGAUGCAGCAACAACAGAUAAUGCACGGGGAUGAUGAGGACGAUGAGGAGGAGGAUGAGGAUGACGAUGAAACCACAACUCAGGAUCACAGUCAUUACACCGAUCCAGAGUCAUGCCAGACACCAAGCAGCCAGAGCUCCAUGCAUGAAGUCCGGGCUAGCCAAGAUCUCAACAUCUCCCUGACAACUCUGGUGAGUCAUAGCUCCAUCGAGUCCGACAUGCACGGCUCCAUGACGGAACGUCUUCAUGCGACCUCCUCCAGCCUUAUCAUCUCCCCAGUCACAGAGGACUACCCAACACGCCAGCUCACUAAGCACCAAACUCUCAACACACUUAACAACCUGUCCGACGCGCGUCGAUACGAGUCCAGGUUACCGUUUGGUGAGGGCGGAAGCGAUGGACGGAUUAAAUGUCAAACAUUACCCAGUAAAAUAAACGCUAGUGAACAGCUUCUAACGAUGGGUAGAGCACCGGUGGCCAUUAAGGAAGAGGCUGUGUCGUUAUCGGCACCAAAUUUAUCACCAGGACCAGUGCAGAACGAAGUGCCAAUACUUCUGUCUUGACAUCUUGUGAAAUAACUUUAUCCACAAGAAUAAUGUGUAACCCUUUCUAAUCAUAUAGUUUUAUUUGUACUAAUUUGUGUUAUUUGUGGUAUCAGAGGUCAUCAAAAGGUCAGAUGUCAUCAUUCGUCAUCUGUUGAGCGAAAAAAAAAAUCAUUAAAUUUUUCAGGUCAGAUAAACCCUUUCUUAUUGAAUUAUGUGCAGAAAAGGUUUUCAGCGAGUCCUUAAUAACAAAGUGGGUUUGUUUGCUUGGUGAUAGAGAAGUUACCUAAACAAGCUUGAACAAUUUUACGAUAAAACAACUCUUUGUUUUUGAAUAUAGUUUUCGCUGCUACAGUAUUUUUUAUCAAAGGAUAUUUAUUAAAGUUCUGGGUUUUUUAAGCAAAAUUUAAAUUUAAGAAAGGAUUAGUUUUUUUUUUAAAUGUUGGUUUAUAUUUUUUUUAUUGGGAACCAUCUACAAAACCAAUUUAACAAAGAAAUGAAACCCAUCUCAACGACUAAUUUGAGACCACAAAGAAUGUAUUUAUAAUUAUUUACCAAGUAUCGGGUAAUUGUGGAGAAACCCUACAAAGCGAAAGGAACCAGUAUGAUCAAACUCUCAUUUACCUUAAUUCCCGUCAGAAUUAUCAAUUUAAAGAUCAACUUGACUGAAAUCCAACUAAUUUGACUAUUCUUGAUGAUGGUUGUUUGUCUUGGUUGCUUGGAUCGAGUCUGUUGUGUGAUGUAACAGUGCUGUUUUGAUUCCUAGUCGCUUAGGGCUUUUUGUGAAACUCAGCUUUUUUGCCUUGCGUGAUACUGAUCGCCAUGUGAAUUAUUUGUUUACACUAUGAAACCAUUUUUAUUGAGUUCUCAUCAAUUAUAAGCAAUCAUUACACACUCGUUACCUUUCUAUGACAAAAGAACAACAUUCAAUUCGUUCAAGUUGAUCUUUAACAUACUUCACGUUCGGGAAACAAUAUUUUGUAGUUAUUACUUGUUACAGAAACAUUUACACAUUCAGUAAAGAACUGAUAUUGAAUAUAAUAAUGAAGUUUACAAUACAUACAUUCCGUCCCAUUGAUGUAGUUUUGUUGAAGUAUUCAUUCUGGUUUUUGUUGUUGUUGCUGGUUUGUUGUGGGUUGAGACUAUAUUAGACUUAACAGUAUUCAUGUAAAU